UGUAGUCUUGUAAAUAUACACAUUGUUUGCAUACAUGUCAAACGUGAGCUUCAGUAUGGAGGAUUAACAUGUAAAUAUCUACUACCUAAACAUCUGAACUCUGUGUCAGCCCGUACAUGUUUGGAUAUUUUAUAUUUGUCAAAAUAUAUCAAACAGGAAACCAAAAUGUCGAAUGGGGUGAAAGAAAAACCGUUGUAUGAGCCAAGUAUACUACACGACAUAGAUUUUGAAGGAAACCACUGUUCAACAUAUAAUCCAGAGAUAUCUCACACCAAUCCAGGAGAGGGACUGCUGAUGAGGCCUCUCUGUAGGGAGGAUUAUGAUAAUGGAUACAUACAGCUACUUAGCCAACUUACCACUGUGGGGGAUAUCAGCAGGGAAGAGUUUGAUGCCCGUUAUAGGAGUAUGGACGACUGUCUGGACAGUUAUUACAUCACUGUGAUAGAGGACACCAGUACCGGCCAAGUUAUAGCAUCAGGAACUCUCGUCAAGGAACAGAAGUUUAUACAUAAAUGUUCAGCUAGAGGGAGAAUAGAAGAUAUAGUUGUAGAUGAUAAAUAUAGAGGACGACAACUUGGAAAAUUAAUACUGGAUGUGUUGACAAUACUGAGUAAAAAGGUGGGCUGCUACAAGGUGUCCCUCGAGUGCCUAGACAAACUGGUUCCCUUCUACUCCCAAUUUGGAUAUAAGACGGAGGACAAGCAGAACUACAUGUGUCGACGUUACAAUGACUAGUCCUCCGCCUACAUCCUCUUUCUGCUGUAUUUCAUUUGCUGGUUCACUACUUGUAUGUGGUCAGUCUGUGAUAUUUACUGGUGACUGGUAUAGUUGAUGUGACUGGUCAGAAAAACUACAGAUGUAUACAUGGGGUGUCUGGUCAGAAAAUUCCUGAUAUACACACAGACACGGGAGUUUCUGGUCAGAAUAACUUCAGAUGUAUAGACAGGAGUUUGUGGUCUAUCAUACAAUGGAAGUAAGAUAUGAUAGAAUAUAACAAAUAGACAACAACUCUACUACUAUUUUUCAUUGAUAUUUACCACAACAAUACUAUUCUUCAUUGAUCUUUACCACAACAAUACUAUUCUUGUAUGAUCUUUACCACAACAAUACUGUUCUUGUAUGAUCUGUACCACAACAAUACUUUUCUUCAUUGAUCUGUACCACAACAAUACUAUUCUUCAUUGAUCUGUACCACAACAAUACUAUUCUUCAUUGAUCUUUACCACAACAAUACUAUUCUUGUAUGAUCUGUACCACAACAAUACCAUUCUUGUAUGAUCUGUAUCACAACAAUACUAUUCUUGUAUGAUCUGUAUCACAACAACACUAUUCUUGUAUGAUCUGAAAUGAUCUGAACCACAAGAAUUUUUGUAGGAUGUGAACCAAAGAAACACUAUUCUUGUGUGACCUCAAUCACAAAAUCUCAUGUCAUCAUCUCUAUUAGCCCCGGGCACUGGUCCAGAGGAAUUAUACACCCCUGUUUUAACAUCUGAAUCACAUGGCUACAAGGCUGUUCUUGUUUACUACUCAAUUGCGGGUCUUUUUCUAGCUUUAUGACAGGAUCGGCUUCACAUUUUCAUUUAUAUUUCAUUCAUCACUCACCUGUCACAGCUUUAAUUGUUAUGAAUAUAUGCUUUUCAGUCUUUUGUACCCUAACCAAUCAUUUUGAAAUCUCUAUUAUACAGGAAUAUUUUGGUUGCUAUAUAGUGUAAAAUGUGUAUAUUCAGAUGAUAUCUUGCCUAGUCCGUAAAUAUGCACAAAUAGACAAAUCAUAUGAGAUAAUGAAAUUUGUGUAGUGUUAAAUUUGUGUGACAUUUUAAGGUUCAAUAAACUAUAUAGGGUUGUACAUAACAUGUGAUCAACACUUCCUUUACUACUGGUUUGCAUUUAGAGUUUUUAGUAGUGCUUACUCUUCCUUUAUCCUACAUGUUAAUCCUGCUUUUUUAUGAUUCUGUUGUGUAUUAUGUAACUAUGGUAGUAUUAAUAUGAGGAAUCGUUUUUGUGAAAAAACCCUCUAAUACUGUAUACCGGGAAGUUUUGCCCAGUCAAAUUAGCGCCCUUCAAUAGUAAAAUCAAUUAUUGCCCAGUAUCAAAUACACCCUUCACAUUUAAUUACUAUGUCUAUCAUGUUGUUUACAAAUGCACACUGUAAUGAUAAAUUGGCACUCAUAAUGAAGGGCGAAAAUUCAGUUGCAGCAAAAAUUUCCCAGUUUACAGUAGUGCCCCAUAUGUUAAUAUGUAGGGAUCUUAUUUACAAAUACAGUACAAUCAAUUAUAUUACAUGUAAAAAGUGUUUUAGAGUUACCUUAAAGUUGUCCAUAGCCCGAUCUCGAAAUACCCAGUACUGUGUGGUGUAUAGUAAAGUUUUGCAAGGUCAGAUAUUUCUGUAACUUUGAAUGUAAAAGUAUUU